AAGAAAGGAGUGAAAAAGAUAGAGAGAAAGGAGAGCUGGAAUCACAUGGGCAUGUUGUUUGUCUCUGAGGCUGGGACCUCUUCUUCCUCUUCUUCUUCAUCUUCUUCCUCAACCACCAUCAACAUCACCAUCGCCAUCUCCUUCUCCAUCUCCAUCAUCACUCUAUGAGCAUCGCUCUAUGAACAUCGCCAUAACCAUACCCAUGGCCAUCGCCGUUUUCGCCAACUCUUAGAGAUACCACUACCAUCUCACUAAGAUUCUCACUCUCUUUACCCACCGCCGGAGGACAUGGCUGACGAUAAGGAAAUUUCUGCUUCUAUUGAGGAUGGCAAUGAUUCAGUUACUGGGCACAUCAUCUCUACGACCAUUGGAGGAAAGAAUGGAGAACCCAAACAGACCAUUAGUUACAUGGCAGAACGUGUUGUGGGAACUGGAUCUUUCGGAAUUGUCUUUCAGGCAAAAUGCUUAGAAACUGGUGAAACCGUGGCUAUAAAGAAGGUGUUGCAAGACAGAAGGUAUAAGAACCGGGAGCUGCAGUUGAUGCGAGUUAUGGAUCAUCCUAAUGUGAUAUCUUUGAAGCAUUGCUUCUUUUCAACCACAAGUAAAAAUGAACUUUUCCUGAACUUGGUUAUGGAAUAUGUCCCCGAGACCAUGUAUCGCGUGUUGAAGCACUAUAGCAAUGCCAAUCAGAGAAUGCCACUUGUCUAUGUAAAACUUUACAUGUACCAGAUAUUUAGAGGGCUGGCUUAUAUACACACUGUUCCUAGUGUCUGCCAUAGAGAUUUGAAACCUCAAAAUAUUUUGGUUGAUCCUCUCACUCACCAAGUUAAACUCUGCGAUUUUGGAAGCGCAAAGAUGCUAGUCAAAGGCGAAGCCAACAUUUCAUACAUAUGCUCACGAUUUUAUCGAGCUCCAGAACUUAUAUUUGGUGCUACUGAGUAUACUACUUCAAUUGAUAUCUGGUCAGCUGGUUGUGUUCUUGCAGAGCUUCUUUUAGGCCAGCCUCUAUUUCCUGGAGAAAAUGCAGUGGACCAGCUGGUAGAGAUUAUCAAGGUUCUUGGGACUCCAACCCGUGAAGAAAUUCGAUGUAUGAACCCAAGUUAUACAGACUUCAGGUUUCCGCAGAUUAAAGCACAUCCUUGGCACAAGGUAUUUCACAAGCGAAUGCCCCCUGAAGCAAUUGACCUGGCAUCACGACUGUUGCAGUACUCCCCAAGUCUUCGCUGUACAGCGCUAGAGGCAUGUGCUCAUUCUUUUUUUGAUGAACUACGUGAACCAAAUGCUCGACUUCCUAACGGCCGCCCACUUCCACCUCUGUUCAACUUUAAACAUGAAAUGGCAGGGGCCUCGCCUGACCUUGUCAAUAAGUUGAUACCCGAGCAUGUGAAACGCCAACUAGGGCAAAAUUUCGUGCAUCUGGCUGUAACGUAAAUGUGAAGUCAAGUUAUAUAAAAAGUUAAUAUCUUCCAGUUGAUGUGCGGCACAAGGGUUGCCAUCGUUGUUAAAACCACUAUACUAUAUAUUGUAGCCCUACCCUACCAGCACCAUUUCCUGCUCUACGAGACGAGCGCGGACAAACACGGCUGGAUGGCUGCUACUAUUAGGUUCUUUUCUACGAUCUCUCCCUCGUUCUUCACCCUCUCCUUUUUUUGUCGACGCCCUUUUGUUUUUUUGUUUUUUUUUUCUGUAAAUGUUUGAUAGUAAAAGAUAGCUUCUGCUGCAAUGGUGAGAAAGGCUGGUAGCUGAGGAAAAUAGUCCCAAGUGUAUGUAUACUAGGAAGAGGGCCCCUAAUAGUAUGGCUGACUGAAAGGGAAUGUACUUGGUUGUCUUCACAAUGUUGUUUCUCAUUAUUUCUGAGGUUGUUUGUGGUGGCUGACUUGAAAAUUGCAGACAAACUUUGUUACUUACUCUGUUUGUGCAAACUUAAAAGUAAUGCAUUGUUCUCUGCUUAUGUCUA